CCUUUAAUACGUACCCUUACAGAUGACAUCCAGCGGCGGGACUAUCAAGCUUUCUUCGCUGCUGUAAGGAGGGGUGAUUGGAAUGAAACGAAGUUGUUUCUUGACCAACACGCCGAUGCAACAGGACGAAAGGAUUCAAUGGGGACAGCUCUUCACAACGCAGUAUUAAUGGGGCACGAGCAAAUUGUGGAAGAGCUGGUGAAGUUGAUGACGGAGAAAGAAUUGGAGAUGCAAUCUAGCGACGGUUGGACGGCUCUUGCUUAUGCUGCUAGAGACAACCUCAAGAUGGUUACAUGCAUGGUUACGAAGAACACGAAACUACUUGGUAUUGCCGUAGAGGGCCGCCAAAUGACUCCGAUUCUCAUCGCUGCUAUGUAUGAUCGAUGGGAUAUAGCUCGGUACCUCUACUCCCACCCUGAUUUCCCAUUGCAAGAUCUAGUGGCAUUUAAAGGCGCUUACGGCUCUCAGCUUCUUGCCUUUUGUCUUUUUGCCAAACAAUUUGAUUUUGCAUGGAUGCUACUUCAGUGUAUCCCAAUGUUGGCAUAUACUCGAGGCCAAGGAAGAUACUCCCCUGUGUCUGCAAUUGCUAAUGUGCCCUCUGCAUUUCGGAGUGGAAUGUCUCUCAAAUUCUGGCAAUCGUUGAUCUAUAAAUGUGUACACAUAGAAGAUGCUGAUUCAUCAUCAGGUUUUUAUAUAAAUGUUAAAAGUCAAGAAAAUGAACAAUGCAAUCAAGGGAAUAGCACAGGAAUCAACCGCAUUCGUGAUCUGAAAUUGAUCCAUUGUCGGUCACGCCAAAUUUUGGACUUCAUGUGUGACGAGAUAAAACAGUUGACUGAUGAAGAAAUGAGGGAUGGCCUUGUGUAUGAAGCAGUAUACAGUGCUGUCCAAAAUGGGAUUGUUGAGGUCGUUAUUGAUCUAUGUGAAGCCAGACCAGAAUUAUUGUUCAGAGGCUUAGAGGACGGAAAGAACAUAUUUUAG